AUGGUAUGCUCAAAAAUAUUUUCAGGAGAUUUACCUGAAUUAACAGAAGAAAUUAUACAGUAUUUUAGAAAAGAUAUUUCAACAUUGUAUUCAUGCAUUUUAAUUAAUAGAUUAUGGUGUCGUUUAGCCAUUCCAUUAUUAUGGGAAGAUCCAUUUCCAAAGAAAGAUCCAUUUUCAAGGGAAUAUCUCAAAAAUCAACACUUUAUUGAAAUUUACUUAAGUAAAUUAAAUGAAGAUGUCAAAACAAAAUUAUAUGAAUAUGGAGUUAAUAAUAAUUUAAUAUCUUCAAAUACAUUAUUAUUCAAUUAUCCUAGUUUUAUUAAAUACUUAAAUAUAGAUAAAAUUUUAAGUUCUAUUCGAACGUGGGUUGAUACUGUAGUGGGUAAAAACCAAGGGAAGCUAGUAAACUUAAUUUAUAAGUCAUUACUCGAAAUUUUUAUUGAAAAUGAAGGAAAUUUAUAUUCUUUUGAAGUCGACCUGUCUACAAGUUAUAGUUACUAUUUUAAUAAUAUAGACUUGAUUUUACAAAAUCCAAACCUUACAUAUAAUAUUAGAAAUUUAACAUUCCGUAUUCAUGAUUAUGAUCCUCAAAAUAUUAUUAAAUUAUUAAAAUUUUUAUAUUCUAAUUGCAAUUCAAUCUUAUCGAUGGUUUUAAAUUUUCCUUUAUAUGAUAUCAUUCGUGAUCGUCCAUUAAUUGAAAAAUGUUUAACACAAAUAAUUAAUUCACAACAUAAUCUCAAAAAAAUUUCAUUUGAUUUAGGUACUACUUUAUAUAAUCCAUUUUUAUCAUUAAAAAAUUCUAAUUGUUCAAAUACUUUGAAUAUAAUUAUAUUUUAUUACAUUGAUUUUAAGGAUAUAAUUAGUAUUUUACAAGAGGUUUUUGAUCAAUUGAAUGUCUUAGAAUCUAUUCAUAUUUUAUAUUGUCAUUCUUUAAAUUCUGAUUUUGUUCAACAAAUUAUUAAGGUUAAUAAACCAAUUAAAUUGAGAUCUUUAUUUAUGAAUGAAAUAUUACAUGUUGAAUCAUUACAAUUACUAUUAGAGAAAUUUGGUGAUUAUUUAGAAAAUUUUGGAUUUGAAUAUAUGAGUAACGAAUAUAAUGAACCAAAACGACAAUUAUUUAAAUCAAUUAUGGAAUAUUGUACAAAGAUUAGAUAUUUUGAUUCUGGUAAACCUUAUGAUAAUAAUAUUUACUUAUUCAUUAAAAACAAUCAGCAUAAUAUUAAUUAUCUUACUAUUGGAUUGGAUUUUAUUCACUCUAAUUAUACUGAUUUAAGUUCUAUAUUACAAAAUUUAGGACAGGUUCUUCCUCCUAAAUUAGAAUAUUUAAAUUUAUAUCUUUCAUUUAAUAAUACAAGUGAUCUGGGAAUAUUUUUAAAAAAUUCACAAAAUACUUUUAUUAAGGAAUUAUUAAUUGUAUUUAGGUAUGAUAUAAGUGAAAAUAUUUUAUUUUAUAUAAAGGAAUAUAUUAUGAAGAAGGAAAGGGUUAAAUAUUUGGCUAUUAUUUCUGAUGAUGAUGAUUAUGAAUUAUUUUCUUUAAAAGACGAAGUAAAUGAAUUUAAAUUAUAUAAUAUUACAGUUAAAAAAUUCUCUGAUUUACAUUUUAGUUCAUAUAGUUUUAUAAAUAAUUUUGAUGAAUAA